AUGUCCCGCAAAGAGCACGGUUUUGCAUCUAGCUGUCAAGUCAAACUCACGACCACUGUAACGGCGCAAUGUAUCUCUGCUUUCACAAAACCACAAUUUGAAAUUGGUUUUGAGCGCUCACUACUGUUGCAAGACGGUGGGUGGCCCGAGCAUCCGUUGGAGCUAGUUAUCAGAGUUUUUGGCGUUGGAUAUCAUGGCAUUUCGAGACGUGUGGGUAUUCCAUGGUAUCUGUGUGCGAGGCGCAAAUUCCUGUUGGCGUUCUCUGCCCAAAUUUACUUCCCGGAACUCAGUUCGGCACUUCACGGUUGGGAGUCCAUUCAUAAAGUCGUCCCCCCCAAAUUCAAGCAAAUAGGGGUAUUCGACUUGGCUGUUAUCGGUAUUACCGACCCAAGCCCAAGUGUUGAUGGCUUUUUGGAGGCGGUAAGAGGCGGUAAAAUGUCUAUUGACGACCGAGCUUACCCUGAUUUUUGUGGUGUACCCUGUCACCGGAAAUAUCCCAUCAUGGCAUCCGUUCACCCCAUUCGUACACUCGGACCAUCGCCCAUCGCCAUGGCCCACAGCACUUCCAUCAACCAGCCAAAUUCGUCCGUAGACCUGGACGAUGACGAUCGGAAAAGCAGGUUCCAAACCAGCCCCGGGGGUACCGAGAACGGCAACGGUAGUGGGGGCGGCGGUACUGCGUCACUCCGGGAACGGGCAGCAAGCCAACCUCCACGCUCGUCCGACCAGGCCUUCCUUUCCUCUCCGUCCUCCCAGCACUUCAUUCCGUCCAGCCUCGGAGGCAGCGGAAGCCCCUGGACCGCCUCGCGCAUGUUGAGUCCCACCCGUGGCCAGCCUGUCCCCAUCCGGAGCUCGUCUUUCUCUUCCAACCCACAACAGGGCCAGUUCUCUUCCGCCAUGCGUGAGCGCGUGUUUCCUUCGACAUUUGAGGACGAUGAGUCGGAGGGGUUCUCUGAUACGUAUGAUGAACGAUACGUGCCACCUUCCCUGUCUAGGGGUCGCUCGUAUGGACAGGAUCUGAGUCGCAGUCGGUCCCAGAGUUUGGCUGUCGCGCAUACUCGUCCAGGGCCCGUUGGGAGUCCGUAUACAGGCUCAUCAGCGAUGCAGAACUGGAAUGAGCCGUACUUGACGUCCAACACCACUCCACUGAAUAUUCCAGGGGGACGAGGAUACGGGGACAUAAAACCGCCAGGAAGCAGCCGCUAUGGUUCCCUAGGAACAAUUGGCAGGUCUCCCACCAACCUCCACUCUGCUUCCCCUAAUAAUGGUACCUUUGUUGGUAACGGGUACUCUAGGCAGCCUGCCCCGCCCGACAUCUCCAACAUGAGCCCCUUCGUUAGAGAUGUAGGGCAGAUCCUUCUGGAUGACGGAUCUGCAUUCCGAGAGCUCUGGGCUGGGAUGCACCCACCACGCGAUGAGAAUGGUGGUGGAGGCAGUGGAACCACCAGUCGACGCCACAGCGUCAGCGUCGUUCAGCCUAGACGCGGAAAUGUUGUGGGGUUCAGCGCGCCUGGCAGCGACUCUCCCGAAGAACCUACUCGUCUCCCGUUCCAGUCCUCAGGGUUUGGCCGUGGGGGGCUUUUGCUCACUGAUGAUGACCUUGCGAGUGACCUUGGGUUGCUGAACAUCAACCCUAACGAACCUCCUCCCCCUUCUUCCUCGUCCUCGCAGCUCCCUCCCAGCCAGCCAGCUUCGCUGCCGAUCUACGCCCCCCUUUCUCGCAGCCCACCCUCGAAGGAUCUGAUGUCGCAAUACCAGUCCAUCAACCUCACCAUCCCAAGCAACCCAUACACUUCGCGCCAGACGCCCAGCGAUGGUGGGGUGUCCGCGGGUGGGAGCAGCUCUCCACACGGGUUCUAUGACCAACAGGAGUACAAGUCGAAUCGACAGCAGCCAGAGCUUACAGCACGGUAUGUCCCAGGACAAGGGAUCCAGUAUACGUCUCCCCAGCAGCAGCAACAACAACAACAACGGCACCAACACGGUAUCAACGGUCCUCAAUACACACGUGCCCGCGCCCCAUCCUACUCCGGCUCCAGCGGCGGCGGACUCACCUCCCCCAUCUCACCCACAGGCCACCGCGUGAUCAACCCCCAACAACAGCCCUACUUCCCACAACAAAUGCAGAGAAGGCUCUCAGACGCGCAACAACAACCACCCUCCUCCGCCUCCAGCACCUCUGCGAACUUUGCAGAUCUAGGAAAAGGCGUGCCGUUGCACUCCGUACCCUCCUCCUGGCCUUUAUUCAUCGUAGAAUUCAAAGCAGGCCGAACGGAUUUAUUUUACCUCACCGAUUUAUCGCAGGAGAUCCAUGUGGGUGAUUUGGUUAUCGUCGAAGCGGAUAGGGGGAAGGAUUUGGGAAAGGUUGUGAAUGAUAGUAUUACGCUUGCGGAGGUGGAAUCGUUUCAGCAGCAGCAGAUGGAGAGGGAACGGGCGGCGGCUGGGUUUGGUGGUGAUGGUGGGCAACAGGGACACGUGGUGGGGGGUACGCCUACUAGCCCUGGUGGUGCUGCUGGUGGGGGAGGGACGACGACGGGGAAGAAGGAGAUUAGUCCGAAGAGGAUAUAUGGGAAGGCUGGGCCGCAGGAUACGCAGCUUUUGUUGGCUAAAACGCAGGACGAACUCAAGGCGCUGCAGCUUUGCCAGAGCAAAGUUAGGGCGAAGAAGUUGCCGAUGGAAGUCAUUGAUGCAGAGUAUCAGUGGGACCGUCGUAAAUUGACUUUCUACUUCAUCGCGGAGAAGAGGAUUGAUUUCAGAGAGCUUGUUAGAGAGCUGUUCCGGCUCUACAAAACCCGGAUAUGGAUGGCAUCUCUCCCCGGGUUUGAGUAG